UAAAGAUCUUGAGCAGCAGGAGACAUGAAACCCAUAAACUAAAGCAUAAUCAAUCUCGGGCGUCUGCACUGCUGCAGCGGUUGUGUUCGCGAUGUCAAACGGGGACAGGGUGGUUUUAGCGCUCGGUGGAGCAGGAACUGUCGGCUCCGGGAUAGUGAAAGCUCUCCUGGACAGGGGUUUCAAGGUUGCUGUGAUCUCCAGAGACAGCAGCAAGUUGGAGAAACUCAAGGGGUUUGUUUCAGCUAGCACAAAAAGUAACCUGACCACUUUAGUGGGGAAUGUUGGCUCAGAAGAAGGAGCGGAGGAGGUGAAACAGGCCUUGCUUAAGUCUGUGGGAAAGAUCACAGAUGUGGUGUCCUCUCUGGGCUUCAGCUGGUGGCAGGGAGGUCCACCACACACCCAACCCCUCAAAGAACUGCACUGGGUUAUUGAGACUCUGCUUUUCAGCACCUUUGUGUCUUGGAAAGCGUUCUUUACCCUGGUGAAAGAUGAUCCUAACUGUACCUACACGUUUAUCACGGGAGGUGCUGGAGAGAAAGUUCUCAUGCCGGGCACAGGGUUCCUGACUGUAGGGGCAGCCAGUGUUCUGGCGUUCUGUCAGGUUCUGCGUGAGGAGUACCCAGAGGUGCCAUGCAAAGUCAACCAGGUGAAAAUCAAUACAGGUGUUGCGGCCCCAGACCGAAUGGCCCCCGGGUACCUGAACCACUUGGAUUUAGGGGAGGCCGUGGCUACGCUGGUGGAGCGCCGCAACACGUCCCACACCGUCUUCCCCGUGAGCUGUCCUGCCGAUCUAAAAACUGUUAUCUUGGAGGGCAAUCUGUAAGCAAGGCCCAUCGGAUUUUCCUC